AUGGACCCCUCAGCAAAAUAUAACGCUCAGGUCCACGAGUACAUGAUCUCACGAGACCAAUCAGAAACUGCUUCAAUCGCUGCUUCUUUAGCCUCUGCAAUCUCUUCUGAUAAAAUCAAACUAGUCCAACUAGUCCAAUUCCUCGGAGAUUACCUCACAGAUGAAAAAUCAGACACUAGAGCAUCUGCAAUUGCUUGUAUUGCUCAAACAAUUGCUGCCUUACCAACUGAUAAACUUGCAAAAUCUCAAGUCUCUGUCAUCCUAAGCUUCUUCUCAGAUCGCCUUGAUGACUCAGAAUCAAUCAAACCUGUUCUUCAAGGCCUUUUAGCCCUAAUCCCACAAAGUGCAUUCUCCUCUUCAAUGACCCUCUCCCUUUUAGAUUCAAUCAAAUCAAAUACUACCCCUAGACAAUACCCUCAAGUCGCAAGAUUCUCUCUCUUCUCCAUCCUUGAAUCUCUCUUCUCUAAAUUCCCCUCUUAUAUCGAAUCUAUCCCUGAUACUUUUAUCACAACUUUUCUCCAUGUAACCACAGGUGAAAAGGACCCAAGAAAUCUCAUCAAAUCUUUCAACCUUUCCUAUAGUAUCCUCUCAAACCAAUCCUUCCAACAAUCCCUUCCCAAAUAUGCUCUUAAACUCUUUGAUGUCUCCUUCUGUUACUUCCCAAUCACCUUCGAACCACCUAAAAAUGACCCUUACGGUAUUACUUCCAAAGACCUUAAAGAUGCUCUCCGUAAAGCCCUGGCAGCAAAUGGUCUCUUUGCUGACCAUAUUUUUUCUUCCCUAAUGGACAAAAUGGCUUCUUCUUCUCCUAAAAUUAAAUCCGAUGCCUUGGAAACUAUCGUUGACUGUAUCCAAAACUACCGCCCAGAAUACCUCGUCCCCCUUUGGAGAGACAUUUGGGAUGGCCUCAAAUAUGAGGUCCUUCAUGGAUCUGAACAAGAUUCCCAAGACCUCUCUCUCCAAGCAUUAAGAACCCUAGCAAUCUCCAUCGAAGACCAUAAUGAAGAUUAUCUGGUUGCUGUAAUCAACGAAACUAAAGAUACUAUCCUUGACACAACAAAUAAAAAGUCUUUGGCUGCUGCCACACUCGCCGCAGGAAUCGCCCAAGGCUCACUCGGAAUCUAUAAACAGAUUGCCUCCCAAACAUUGGCUCCAGCAUUAGACAAUGCUCUCAAGUCUCUUACCCUAACAGCCCAAAAACACCUCCUUACAAUCUGCCAAACUUACAUCACUGCUGCAAAGGAUCUCCCUCAAGCCCUGAUCUCUUUCAAAGAUGCAUUCAUUGAGUUCUUUACAAAAUCUCUCAUGAGUACUUCCGAAACUGAAACUGAAGUCCGCGUCUUGGCCGUUUCUAACCUUACCUUGCUCAUCCGUACAACAGAUUAUCUAACUUCACAAGAAGUCGGACUCAUUGUCCAAUACUUUGAUGAAAUCAUUUUCUCAUCCCAAAACAAUAAGCCCCUCUCUGAUGCUGUUCUCGACUCGCUUGUACAAGUGGCUAGCCAUCACGAACAGUCCAUCUUAUCAAUCACAUACCCCUUUUUCCUCUCAAAACUACCAGAUUCAGAUGCCUCUGAGGAAGACCAACUUGCAAUUGGUACUAUUCUAACUGCUCUCUCCAAAACUGCAGUCUCCCGCAAUAUCUUUGAAGUCUUGUCUUUCAGACUUCUCAAUAAACUGGACUUGGUCAUUGCUGAUUCUUCCUCAAAGUACCCUCUUGCAAUCUUCUCCACAAUUGCAGCCGUUCUUAAGCGCAUGCUUGAAUCACACCCUCAAGACGCACUCAUCUAUGUCAAACAGCUAGCCCCACUUAUUGUCCAGCGUUUCUUAAAGCAAAAAUCAUUAUCUACAGACCCCCAUGUCAUCAUCUCUGCCAGUCUUUCGCUCUUGUAUAUCUCCAAGGCCCUUCAGCCAGAACAACAAAUUGAUUUUGUCCAAAGUCUCUUCAACCUGUUUUGGUUCAAUAAACAAUCCCCCCUCGGUACCCCUCCCCAAGACUUUACUCCCUUGAAAUCUACCCCCUCCGCUUUAACUACUCUCUUUCUUUACGGCUUGGUCCCGGUCUCUCCCAAAGCAACCAUUCCUGAAGAAAUUACUCAAGUUCUCCCCACAAUUGUCACAAAUAGUGUCACCAUUCUUAGCACCACUCAAGAUGUCCACCUCCGUCUAACUUACCUAAGACUAAUUGCCCUUCUCUUUAACAAAUGGAUUCCCACAUUCGCCGCAGAGUUUGUCGACCCUCUUAAGAAAACUGUGACCACUGAUACUAGCGCCCUUGAAGUCCUUUUCUGGAUAACAAAGGCUCUGGUCAUCCGCACAGACGCCUUCGGGUUUACCCUCGUUCAAUACAUCCUCACGCUGCUACAAACAGACCUCGUAGGCGUACGAGCUAGCAAGCUUGCUGAGGUUCUGGUCAGCGACGACGGUGUGCUAAACAAGGAAAAUGGUGCUGUAGUACGCUUGCUCUAUAAACAGCGUCUCUUUGUGCUUGUCAUCGACCCCCUGGUCCAGGGCUUCGAGUCCGCACCAUCAUCGUCAAUCAAGGUUAAUUAUCUCGUGGCUUUAGCCGGAAUCCUGCGCCACAUGCCUAGCUCAGUACUCUCUGCCUAUGUGCCCAAGUUUUUCCGGCUGUUGCUCCAGUCGCUCUCCAUCCCAAACGCGCGUGUACGCGAAGCCAGUAUCAACACAAUAACCUCAACUUUAUUGUCUUCUGACUCUUCCACAUCUCCUGUCGCUGAAACUAUUUCCCAGCACCUCUCGACACUGGUGCCACAGCUUCUUGACGCUACAAAUAGCGCAAAUGAGGCUUCCCCACAGGUUCGUGUGGCCGCUCUGCGGUGUCUUGAUUCAUUUGUAGAUACUCUGCCGCGGGUGCGUGUCGUGCCACACGUUAAAACCGUGCAACGCGGACUGGCAGUGGCCCUUGAUGAUGGUCGGCGCGGCGUGCGGCGGGUUGCAGUGGUGACUCGACAAAAGUAUUUUGAGCUCAAGGACAAUGAGGAUGAAGAAUAG